CGAAAAGUAUCUCACACCUACCUGAGUGAGAAACUCAACAACCAAUAUCGAUUAAACUGAUUCCAAAAUUAAUUAUUUCCCGGAACAGAAUUUGUUAAAACGAAAAACAGACAAACACACAGCGCUCUCGGUUAGAAUACUUGGAACUUUUAUAUUCACUUUUAUAUUCCAUUUUCCUGGGACUGGCAACUACAUUGUACAUCCAACGGUCACAACCGAUCUUCGAAAUGAGUAUCGUGGCUCAAGACCAUGUAUUUUUGUCCGCUUUGCAGCCCAAGACCGCCGUCAGCACCUACGCGGUCCCGUCCGAGAUCCAGCUCGGGGGGAAUGGGGGCACCCUGUCGGAUGAGGUGGCCCGGGGAAAGCGGGUCCAGCAGCAGGUUGCUAUGCGGCUCGCCGAGAAAUCUUCGACGCUUCCGAGACAGAACGGCUCAGCAGCACACUAUUCCUCCUCAGAACACGGCGGAUCAUCAACAAUGAAGUACCAUACCUUCAACCCAGGGUUCAGCUCCAAGUCCUACGCCUACACAGGCUCCAGACCUGUCAUGACACCCAAUGUGUCUCACUACUCAGGCGGUUUCUCCUCCCACUCGGCGGUGGACCUGGGAGGUGGUCAGAGGGUCACCAUGGGAGGUGGAGGAAGAGGAGGAGGUGGUGGAAGAGGAGGAGGUGGAGGUGGAGGAGGAGGUGGAGGGUACAUGUACCAAGAUGACAUGCGCACAGGAGGGGGUUCCCUAGGAGGAGGGGGCUACCAGGUAGGAGGGGUCUCCCGGGGAGGAGGAGGGGGGAACAUGAGGGGCCAACAGAUGUCCUCUGUGAUCCGGACGAUGAGCCGUGGGCCAGACCCAGAGAUCUCUCUGCGCGCCAUGAGGCUCCAGAACCUGCCUGCACAGCCGUCUCCGGUGGCAGCCUGGGUGGCCGCGGACGUCAGCGAUGGCUGCAGCCUGGCCUCAGACCGCGAUGCCACCUUCAGCCGACAGCAGUCUGUCUACAGCACUGUUAGCGGAGGAGCCUACAGCUCUGGGACACAAAUGAGACAGGCAGGAGGAGGAGGAAUGGGAGGAGGAGGGUCCAUGGUACCCAUGAGGCGCUCACUCAGCGGGACACUAGCCCAGGGCGGAGGAGGGGAGAUGAUGGGAGGAGAGGAGAUGAUGACGGUUCAGCAGCAGCAGCAUUCCUUUAAAGGGCCAGCGUUCCGCACCAUCAGCAGGAUCAACAACAGGAACAACAGAAUGUCCAUGGGCAGCAUGUCUGGGGCUUCUACCUUCCCUCCCCCCGGGGGCUCCAUGUCUGGGGCUUCUACCUUCCACCCCCCCGGGGGGUACAGCAGCGUCGGUGGGGGGGAUGGAGGAGGUGGGUUCGUGAUGGGCCAGGUGUCGUCGGGGUCUCAGGGGAAUAUGAUGAUGAUGCGGCAACAGAGACAGACCUCUCUUCCCAGGACCAUGUCUGUCAAGAGCAUUCACAGUGUCGGGAAGGGCAUGGAUAUCUACGACGAACAGGUGGACAUGACUGGCAGCAUGGGAAACCUCAGCGGGAUUAAUAGCUUGGACAUGGACACGGCGGUGAGGUACCUGAAAGAGGGCGAUGCUGACAUGCAGGUUCUGGGAGCAGCUUAUAUCCAACACGAAUGCUACAACAACAACGAUGCCAAGAACGAGGUGCGGCAAUAUAAGGCCAUCCCAGAGCUGGUGAGGCUAUUCAACAGUGAGAACCAGGAGGUGGCUCGCUACGCCACAGGGGCUAUGAGGAACGCCAUCUAUGAGAACAUGGACAACAAGAUGUCCCUCAUCGAGGAGGGAGGAAUUCCACAGCUCAUAAAUGCUCUGAAGGAGAAUGAUGAUGAGCUACGCAAGAACAUCACAGGUAUUCUGUGGAACCUGUCAUCCAAAGACAACCUGAAGGAGAAACUGGCCAAGGAGACGCUCGCUGCGCUCACAGAGACCAUUCUGAUCCCGCUUUCAGGAAGUGGAGACUCUGAGGUCAUCCAGCAGAGCCCCUCUGAGGUUGACAUCUUCUACAACACCACCGGAUGUCUCAGGAACCUGAGCUCAGUGAAUGAGAAGACCAGGAGGCAGAUGCGGGAGACCAACGGUCUGGUGGAUGCCCUGGUAGGAUACGUCCAGGCCUCGGUACAGGAUGGCAAGGUGGAGGACAAGGGUGUGGAGAACGCUUUAUGUGUCCUGAGGAACCUCUCCUACCAACUGUACAGUGAGAUCCCGCCCUCAGCCCUGCUACGUCUGGAAGGACCAACCAGAGGCCAGGAAACCAGCAGGAGCGAAGCCAUUGGUUGCUUUACCCCUCAGGGCAAGAAAGUCAAAGAUAGGAAGAACCAGGACAUGGCCACGUUCACGGAGGUGGCCCGCGUACCCAAGGGUCUGGAGUGGCUGUGGCACCCCCAGGUGGUGGGGCUGUAUAACAGCGUGCUGCAGGGCUGUGAGGUCAACUCCACCACCCGCGAGGCUGCAGCCGGGGCUCUGCAGAACAUCACCGCAGGCGACAAGAGGUGGGCGGAGGUGCUGAGUCAUGUGGCUCUGGAGCAGGAGAGGAUGCUUCCUGUGAUGUUGGACAAACUGAGGACCAAUAAUGACCUGGAGCUGAGAUCCCUCACCGGCUUCCUCAGAAACCUGUCACGCCAUGCCAAGGACAAGAAUGCCAUGGCCACAAAGGUAGUGAACAACCUGGUGUCCGAACUGCCUGCUGACGGUCAGCAGAAGGAGCCGUCCAGCGACGUGGUUGUCAACAUCUGUGGAACGUUGAACAACCUGGUGACCUCCAGCUCCAUCGCAGCCCGGGACAUCGCCUUCUUCGACGGGCUGCAGAAACUAGUGGCCAUUAAGAACUCCCAUGACAGCAGUCCUGGGAAGCUGAAAGCAUCUAAAGCAGCAGCAACAGUCCUCUGCAACAUGUUCCAAUACAAGAAGCUGCACAAGGACUACAAACAGAAAGGAUUCACACGACCUGACUUUGCAGACGUGACAAUCUAAAAAAGGGAACUCUCUCUCUUUCUGUCAAGUGGCUGGAAACGCAUGUGAACACUUCAGUGAUCAAGGACUGUCUGUAAAACUGAGAACAGCUCCUUGGGCUACUUCCUACUUCCUACUUACGCACGUUAGACGGACUACACGACAGAGUUAGACGGACUACACUACAGAGUUAGACGGACUACACUACAGAGUUAGACGGACUACACUACAGAGUUAGACGGACUACACUACAGAGUUAGACGGACUACACUACAGAGUUAGACGGACUACACUACAGAGUUAGACGGACUACACUACAGAGUUAGACGGACUACACUACAGAGUUAGACUACACUACAGAGUUAGACGGACUACACUACAGAGUUAGACGGACUACACUACAGAGUUAGACGGACUACACUACAGAGUUAGACUACACUACAGAGUUAGACGGACUACACUACAGAGUUAGACGGACUACACUACAGAGUUAGACGGACUACACUACAGAGUUAGACGGACUACACUACAGAGUUAGACGGACUACGCUACAGAGUUAGACGGACUACACUACAGAGUUAGACGGACUCUAAAGAAAGUGACAAUAAAGAUGGAACCUGUAUAGGGACGACCUUGAUGUUGUUCUAUGAUGAAAACGGAUCCCCGCCUUUCCCCCAUGUUUUAAUGCCGUAUGUAUUCAAUGCUGUAUGUUUGAAUGUUUUAUGUUGAAAUGCUGUAUGGACUUUAUGGUGAUUUCAGGGACUCUUUUCUUUUCUUUCUCUCAAUGCAACAAAACAUACAGCCGUAACCAAUAAUGUUUUGACUUUUACAGUUUCUCCUGCCCCACCCAGAGAUGGUUUGGCAUCAAUUCCCAUAGACUUCUGUGCUUCGUUAUGUUAACCUGGUCCCAGAUCUGUUUGUGUUGUCUCCACAAACCCCCUACUGGUCCCAGAUCUGUUUGUGUUGUCUCCACAAUCCCCCUACUGGUCCCAGAUCUGUUUGUGUUGUCUCCACAACCCCUACUGGUCCCAGAUCUGUUUGUGUUGUCUCCACAAACCUCCUACUGGUCCCAGAUCUGUUUGUGUUGUCUCCACAAACCUCCUACUGGUCCCAGAUCUGUUUGUGUUGUCUCCACAAACCCCCUACUGGUCCCAGAUCUGUUUGUGUUGUCUCCACAAACCUCCUACUGGUCCCAGAUCUGUUUGUGUUGUCUCCACAACCCCUACUGGUCCCAGAUCUGUUUGUGUUGUCUCCACAAACCUCCUACUGGUCCCAGAUCUGUUUGUGUUGUCUCCACAAACCUCCUACUGGUCCCAGAUCUGUUUGUGUUGUCUCCACAACCCCUACUGGUCCCAGAUCUGUUUGUGUUGUCUCCACAACCCCCUACUGGUCCCAGAUCUGUUUGUGUUGUCUCCACAAACCUCCUACUGGUCCCAGAUCUGUUUGUGUUGUCUCCACAAACCCCCUACUAGUCCCAGAUCUGUUUGUGUUGUCUCCACAAACCCCCUACUGGUCCCAGAUCUGUUUGUGUUGUCUCCACAACCCCUACUGGUCCCAGAUCUGUUUGUGUUGUCUCCACAAUCCCUACUGGUCCCAGAUCUGUUUGUGUUGUCUCCACAAACCCCCUACUGGUCCCAGAUCUGUUUGUGUUGUCUCCACAAACCCCCUACUGGUCCCAGAUCUGUUUGUGUUGUCUCCACAACCCCUACUGGUCCCAGAUCUGUUUGUGUUGUCUCCACAAACCCCCUACUGGUCCCAGAUCUGUUUGUGUUGUCUCCACAAACACCCUACUGGUCCCAGAUCUGUUUGUGUUGUCUCCACAACCCCUACUGGUCCCAGAUCUGUUUGUGUUGUCUCCACAAACCCCCUACUGGUCCCAGAUCUGUUUGUGUUGUCUCCACAAACCCCCUACUGGUCCCAGAUCUGUUUGUGCUGUAUAGCCAACUCCUAUGGUCAUUGUCACAAGACGGCACAUAACAGAUCUGGGACCAGUAGGGGUUGUGGAGACAACACAACAGAUCUGGGACCAGGCCAUCUACAGAUAGCAGCUACUUUUAUGGGAUGGCUUGCUCUGUGGAAUGAAACUAUUCUCUUUUUAUACCAUCAAUGGUGUUUUUACUAAGUGGUUGAAUUAUUCAUGUUGUUCAUUGUGUUUUUGUAUUAGUUUUUUUGUGUUGUCUGGGGGUUUAUUUCUCAGAUAAAACCAGAGUAUCACUGAGAGUUAUAAUGAGUUAUAAACCAGAGUAUCACUGAGUUAUAAACCAGAGUAUCACUGAUAAUUAUAAUGACUUAGAAACCAGAGUAUCACUGAGUUAUAAACCAGAGUAUCAUUGAGAAUUAUAAUGACUUAGAAACCAGAGUAUCACUGAGUUAUAAUGAGUUAUAAACCAGAGUAUCACUGAGAGUUACAAUGAGUUAUAAACCAGAGUAUCACUGAGAGUUACAAUGAGUUAUAAACCAGAGUAUCACUGAGAGUUACAAUGAGUCAUAAAUUAGAAUUGAAUGAAUGUUUUUAUGAAUGUGUGGAUUAAAAUGGAACUACUGACACCUG